AGCCGAGCUGAGGCUAAUAGCCAAGUUUGGUUUGUGGAUAGCCUCAACUGGGAUCUUGGGUUCAUGUCACGCUACAGUUGGCUGGUUGUUUGAUCUCUCCACUCAGAUGUUUAUAGCUGGCUAUUCUGUGACAGUAGGUUCUGCAGAAAGACUCAUCUUUGGGUAUGACAGCUUUGGAAACAUUUGUGGAAAGAAAAACUCUCCGAUAAAAGGAGCCUCGUUGUCAGGACAAGACAUGACCACCAGAAAGCACGUAUUUUUUCUCAACACCUGCAAUUUGGACAUUAAGAAUCAUAAAAUAAAUUCAUUGUCUAUUUGUGUAUCUGGCUGUCCUCAAGAGCAACUGAAUGGUCUAGAAGAGCUGAAACACUUUGCUCAGUACAAUGGUUCCUAUUUGUGUGUGUACAGUUUAAACAUUUCUGAAUACACAGAGCCUUCCAAAGCAGCUCACCUCUGUCCCGAGUUACCAGUCCCUCCAAGCAAGUCACUCCCACUCUUCAAUCGCUGUGUCCCUCAGAGCCCUGCCUGUUACUCUCACUUUCUCACCGUCCUUAUUAACGUGGUCAAGGAGAGUGAUUUUUUCCAACGCAUCAUUGGUGGCACAAUGGCGAACAAAGAGUACAUCGUAGGACUCUGCUUUUUUGCCGUAGUCCUCUCCUUGAUUAUGGUGGCAGUAUUCCGAUUCAUUGCCACAUUAUUGGUUCAUAUCUUCAUCGCCCUGGUGGUUUUUGGAUUGCUGUUUGUGUCAGGUGUUCUGUGGUGGCUGUACUAUGACAAUAUGAAUGAUCCCAAUAUAGUCCUGGAAACGGAAAAGGAAAAUACAAAAGCACUUCUGGGAUUUGCCAUUACUGCAACCAUCGUAUCGGUUGUUCUUGUUGUACUGACCUUGGUGACGUGGAAAAGGAUCAGUUUGACUAUCCAGCUGUUUCGAGUUGCCAGUGGUCUACUUGGUAGUGUCCCUCUCUUGCUGUUCCAGCCAUUGUGGACCUUCGUCAUUCUCACGUUAUUCUGGGUAUACUGGGUGGCUGUGCUUCUAAGUCUGGGCACUGCAGGCAAUGUUCAUGUUAGUGCAGACAAUCUGGUUGAGUACAGACCACUCUCUGGCAUACGGUACCUGUGGUGGUACCAUGUAAUUGGACUGAUCUGGACCAGUGAAUUUCUUGUUGCUUGUCAGCAGAUAACAGUUGCUGGGGCGGUGGUGUGCUGCUACUUCAACAGGGACAAAAAGAAUCCACCCAGUCACCCGACCCUCACUUCUGUUUCGAGGCUCUUUAAUUACCAUCUGGGAACGGUUGUUAAAGGUUCAUUUCUAAUCGCUCUUGUCAGGAUUCCACGGAUUGUUCUGGUGUACAUUCACAGCAGUCUGAAGGGAAAGGAAGGUGCCUGUGCCAGAUGUCUGGUAAAAUGCUGUGCGUGCUGUCUCUGCUGUCUGGAAAAGUGGCUGCAAUUUUUAAACCAGAAUGCAUACAUUGCAACUGCAAUCAAUGGGACAAAUUUCUGUACCUCGGCUAAAGAAGCUUUCUUUCUGAUUGUAAACAAUGCGCUGAAUGUGGCAACGAUCAACUGCUUUGGAGACUUUCUUCUGUUUCUUGGAAAAGUAUUUGUUGUGUGUUUCACAGUCUUUGGAGGCCUCAUGGCAUUUAACUACAAUCGUGAUCUGAAUGUUUGGGUAGUCCCACUUAUUAUGGUGUCCUUUUUUGCCUAUUUGAUGGCACAUUGCUUCUUGUCCGUAUUUGAAACGGUGGUGGAUGUCUUGUUCAUGUGUUACGCUGUUGAUCUGGCAACGAAUGAUGGGUCAACUGAAAAGCCUUACUUCAUGGACAAGGAGUUAAUGGAAUUUAUUGGUAAAAGCAAUCAAAAAUAUAAGAGGAUUAGUCGAAAUAACACAGACAAGCUGGAAAAUAACCAAAACGCAACACAACUACUGCCAAUGGGCACAAAUACAGCUUGAUUGGUCUCGAUUGAAUUGGAUAAUCAACAUUCAGACAUUUUCAUUUGAUUGCUGCAAGCUAACUGGAGAACUGAGCUCUACUAGCAAUUGUCUCGUCCACGCAGAUGUAUUUUGAUACAUUGAGCAAUAAUUUUUUUUUAAAGAAUGUUUUGUUGUUGUUCAGACACUCACCAGAUGCUGUAACACCCAUAUCCCUUUCAUAAGCUGAAGUGUGAGGAAUGCAGGGACCUUAUGCUAUUUAAUCCACAGAGAGCUAGUAUAAAACAGAAUUUCUUAUAUUCACAGGUAACAUGCCCAAUGAUAUUAGCUCUAGGUUGGUUCCAAAUGUUUCCCCAAUGUCCACUAGCUGCCUUGCUAAAUGACUGGAAAUGCUAACACCUAUCUUCUGGGGAAAUGAAUAUAUUGACUGAAAAUGUUAUCUUUAAAGAAUAUUUUUAAAAUGUGUUAAUUGAGCUAACAUAUUGAUGGAUUGAUUUCAAAUACUGGGUAAGCAACGGCCUUGUGGUAUUAUCGCUAGACUUAAUUUAGAGACCCAAGUAACAUUCUAGAAACUGGAGUUUGAAUCCCAUCAUGACAAAUAAUAAUCUGGAAAUAAGUUGAAUGAUGAUCAUGAAAAACCCAUCUGGUUCACUAACAUCUUUUAGGGAUGAGAAUCUGC